UAUGUUUUGCCGCUAACUUGUAAGGAGAUUCUUUAAUGCUAAAUCAAGAGAGCCAAUUGAGCCACCUUAUCUUGAAUUACAAAGAGAUUUCCUUGAACCUUCAGAAUUUUACUAAGAAUUGUCAAAACAUGGAGUUUCAUUUUAUGCAGGAGUUCCUGAUUCUUUGUUAAAAGAUUUCUGUGCUUAUGUUUAAGUAUAAAUAAAUAAUAUAUUUUAUAGGAUAAUGCUCCUCCAGGUUAACAUGUUAUUACUGUUAAUGAAGGUACAGCAGUUUCAAUGGCUGCUGGAUAUUAUUUAGCAACCAAAAAAAUUCCAUGUGUUUAUUUAUAAAAUAGUGGACUUGGAAAUAUUGUGAAUCCUUAUAUGUCAUUAGCUCAUCCUAAAGUAUAUGGAAUUCCUAUGUUAUAUUUAAUUGGAUGGAGAGGAGAACCAGGAAAAAAAGAUGAACCAUAACAUUUAGUUUAAGGAAAAAGAAUGAAUGGUAUUCUAACUGAAAUGGGAAUUCAAUAUGAUGUUUUACCUGAUUAUAUUGAAGGUGCUGCAGAAGCACUUGAUACUGCAUUUUAUUCUAUGAAAACUAGGUUAUUCAAUAUUUAUUUAUAUUUUUAGAAAUGGACCUUAUGCUUUACUUGUUAAAAGAUAAUGUUUUACUAAUUAUAAAUUGAAGAAUAUGGCUAAAAAUAAUUAUUAAUUAACUAGAGAAGAUGCUUUAACUGAAGUUAUUUAAAAUACUCGACCUUUAGAUGUUUGUGUUAGUACAACAGGUUUUCUAAGUAGAGAAUUGUUUGAAUUAAGAUAACGUCUAAAUUAAACAGGUGAAUAAGAUUUUUUAACAGUUGGAUCAAUGGGUCAUGCUUCAAGUAUUGCACUUGGAAUUGCAUAAGUCAAAAAGAGCAGAUAAGUAUAUUGUUUAGAUGGAGAUGGAGCAAUGAUGAUGCAUAUGGGUGCAUUAGCAUAAAUUGGUAACAUAGGACCAACUAAUUAUAAACAUAUCUUAUUUAAUAAUUAGGCUCAUGAUUCUGUUGGUGCUUAACCUACUAGUAAUCCUUUGGUUAAUUUUACAUAAAUUGCACUAGGAUGUGGAUAUAAAGAUGCCUUCUAAGCUUAAACAAAAGAAGAAAUUGUUAAAGGCAUGGAAAGAGUAAUCCAUUUAUUAAUUAUUAAUAGUUAAAUAAAAAUGAUGGACCAAUUCUUAUGGAAAUCUUGAUAAAACCAGGAGUUAGAAAAGAUCUAGGAAGACCAACAACUUCAACAUUCGAAAACAAAGAGAAAUUCAUGCAUUUCUUAACAUAUUGAUUCAUUCUAUUAUAUCUGAG